CUUUCUUGGCUCGCAACUUACUGUACAGUACUGUAACUCCUUACAUACUGGACUCUCAGCACCCAGCCCAUACUCUCCAACUUCGCGACUCGUCCUACCGCCACACAGAGCAGCUACUGCUACUGCCCCGUCUUUCGCUAGCUGCCCACGAAAUCAGCAAGUCAGGCCUCCGUCCAACACCGGCAGCACAACGCACUUCCCAAACGACAGUGCCGAGUUCGAAAACGUAACUAAACAGUAGUUGAAGUGCCACCCCAUUUCCAUAUCGCUUCGACAAAGCUGUUUGCGAUCUUGUCACAAAUCUUGGAAAGCGCGACCCAUAAUGGCUGAGGCCAAGCCACCAACCCUGAUCGCCAAGUUGGCUGAGAAAGGGAGUGUGAAUGAACCGCCAAAUAGCCACUCUAUAAAGCUGUGGGCAACUUCGGCCCUGGGUUUGUUCGAUAAGGGAGAGCAGGCCAAGCUUUCAGGAGACUUGGAAACAGCAUAUGUUCAUCUCUACAAAGCGAUAACCAUCGUUGUGAAUGUCAUAAGCAAGCACCGAGACUUUGAACGAGCGCAAAAGGACGACGCCCAAUACCACGCAGCCCGACGGAAAGUCAAUGUGUACCUGCCACAGCUAGAGGAAAUUAGAUCGGAACUGAAGAGCAGGGCCGAUCAGUUCGCUCAGGGGCGGCCGUCGUUUUCAUCGGCCGGGAGCGCGCCGGGAAGCAGCAGCGACCUUACCAGAGGUGUCAGCAACAUCUCCCUGGGAGGGACUGGGGAGAGUAAUGGGAGUGGUGGUGGCAGUCGGGAACCGCGGACUGUCGUGCAACCAGGGGAGCUGUUUGGGCUCCUCAAGCAAGGCGCAAAGUCUGUGUUGGUCCUGGAUGUGCGUCAGACGGAGAAAUAUCUGCACGGGCAUCUGAAAUGGCGGAAUAACCGAGGCAUGCGAGGUGGAGUUGUCAACAUUGAGCCUGAAUGGCUGGAACGUUCUGGCACAACGUCGGCAGACAUAUCAACAUACCUGAUGUCGUUCGGUCAGAGCUCCUCCAUGGCAAAAUCCCUCUUUGAGUCGAGAAACCAGUUCGACAUGGUAAUCUACCUCGACGACCACAGCACGAAUCCAGACACAUCGCCAACCUUACGGCGGUUGAUGAGCAUUCUGUACGAACAGCCACAGAAUGCGCCAAAGCUACGGCCAUUACUGCUUGCCGGUGGCCAGCGUGCUUGGGAGAGUUUUGUGAAGGAUAGUGGAGAGUGGCAGGGCGAUUGGGUGGAGAUCGGCGACGGGGUGGGGAUAUCGGAGAGGAGCGAGGAGAAUGCGCCGCAGAAUGCUGUGCCGGCUGGAUCAGGCAUCGCAAGAAGUGCAUAUGACUUUGUCGCGUCGAAAAACCAGCAACAACAGCAGACAUAUGUGCAGAAGCCUCUAACGCAUCCUCAGCCUACGCAUCAACCACUUCAACAGCAACAGCAAAACGGAUAUCACCCCCACAACCCUUUCAACAACAUCACCAACAUCCCCUUGGGCGGGACAUCAAAUUCCGCAAUGCCUGUCAUUGUGCCCGUGACGCAGCAAUCAACUCAGUACUACCAAGCACCAUCCAUUAUAAGGAACAACAGCAGCGGUAUGGGCGGCCAGCAAACGCGACGCUUUGAAGACCCAUUCUACUUUACACCACGGUCAGAUUCGGCGAAACGGAUGGCCGUCAUUGGCAACGUAUAUGCACCGCCAUCCUCCGUGCCACCAACGACAAUGACUUACCCCAAUCUCGCCCCUCCCAACACAUCGCUUGCGCCAAGCUCAAGCCCAAUAUCGCCCGUAUACCCAAGUCCCAGCUCCAUGGGCGCACCGUCCGUCUACCCCGCCCCCGCCGCGCCACCAAAACCACUCGCUCUGCAACCGCACAACCAUCCCGGUGUCAUUUCCAUCCCGCCUCCCGCUUUCCCUCAACCCCCAUCGCGCAAGAACUCAUCGCCGCUCUUACAACGGCGACCGCCAUUAGGGCCGCCAUUAGCCCUCGAAUCCGCGCCUCCAGCGAUGUUCCGGCGAUCCUCCUCUCCGUCGGGGUCACCCAGCACAGCCCGAUUCUACGGCAUGACGGCACCGCCGCCGAUUCCCAACAAACCGAGCGGCCGCCUCGCAGGCCCUAUCGCGCACUCGUACUCGAGUUACGAUACGGGCCUUUCGGAGUUUGUGCCGUAUUCGCAGAUGGGGUCCUCGUUGAUGGGGAUGUCUGGGAUGAAGAAUUUGGGGAAUACGUGCUUCAUGAGCUCGAUUAUUCAGUGUUUGGCGGGGACAGUGCCGUUGGCGAGAUACUUUUUGGAUGGGAGUUACCGCAAACACGUCAACCGCAAAAACACGCUCGGCACAAAAGGCGAAGUCGCCGAUGCGUUCGCCGAGCUCGCCAAAACCAUGUGGACAGGCCAAGAAGGCAGCGUCGUCACCCCCACCAAAUUCAAGCAAGUCAUCGGCACCCACCACCCCUCCUUCCGCGGCAACGAGCAACAGGACUCGCAAGAGUUCCUCGCCUUCUUCCUCGACUCCUUACACGAGGACCUCAACGUCGCGCGCACACCCGCAGCCAUUGCGGAGGUGAAAGCGAACCCGGAGAAGGAGCAGGAUGAUGAGGGUGUGCCGGAUGAGAUUAUUUUGGAUAAGACGUGGCAGCGGUAUCGGAAGCUGAAUUGGAGCAUUAUUGUGGAUCUGUUUCAGGGGAGCUUGAAGUCGAAGUUGCAGUGUUUGACUUGUGGGAAGUCAUCAACAACAUUCAACCCCUUCAUGUACCUCACUCUCCCCAUCCCCCCCUACAACCAAGCCGGCAAAAAAAACGGCCCGCUCUACCUUCAGGAAUGCCUCGACAAGUUCGUCGAAGAAGAGAUCCUCGAAGGCGACGACGCGUGGCGGUGUCCGCGGUGUAAAGUGCCCCGCAAGUCGACAAAGACGUUGACGAUUGCGAAACUGCCGAUUAUUCUGUUGAUUCAUUUGAAACGGUUCUAUUAUUCCGGGCCGUUCAGGAAUCGGAUUGAUACUUAUGUGGAGUUUCCGAUUACAUCGCUGGAUUUGACGAAAUACCUCCCGGCAGCGCGCGAACCCUUCGUCUACGACUGUUACGGUGUCUCUAGCCACUUCGGCGGCCUGAACGGCGGCCACUACACCGCACAAGUAAAACACUCCUACAAGGGCAACCAGUGGUUCAAUUUUGACGAUUCGAGGAUUAGCAAGACUGAUGAUAAGAGCGUUAAGUCACCGGCGGCAUAUAUACUGUUUUAUCACCGGCAAAUGAACGGCCAGCGCACGUCGACGAAUUGGUGGAAUGCGAAUGGACCGCAGCCGGUGGGGGCUGGGCAGCGGCAUAUGAUGUGAUGUGAUGUGAAAAGACGUGGCAGAACAGACAAGAAUUGGACCGCAAGCUGCUCUCCCAGGCUGCAAAACAGAACUCCUGUGAUACCCCCCCUGCCCCCGAACCGCCAGUCAUACUAGGAUGCU